GGGGUCAGGGAUUCAUUGAAUGCGUGAUGUCAAGCUUGCUGUUGGCUGCUCGUCAGAAGACCCAAGAUGGAGCACAGCACAAACCUCCCGCGCAUCUCUACUCCCGAGACAACCUCCAUGACAUAUUUUUUUCAGACUCCACAAGCACACUAUAACGAAAGCAACAAUGGCCUGGAGAUGCACUGGCAGUACAAACGACGAGCUGGUAUCCAAUCUAGUCCGCACGGCAAUCAUCACCUCCCACCAUGUAGACGCGGCCAUGCGCCAGGUUGACCGCGCUCACUUUGCGCCCAACAACCCGUACGAUGACGCGCCACAGUACAUCGGAUACAACGUCACCAUCUCGGCCCCGCACAUGCACGCAUACGCGCUCGAGUCCCUGAGCAACUACCUGAAGCCGGGCAUGUGCGCCCUCGACAUUGGAUCCGGGUCCGGAUACCUGACCGCCUGCAUGGCAGCCAUGGUGGGCACCAGUGGCAAGGCUGUUGGCAUUGAGCACAUCGCGGAGCUGGUUGACAAGUCAAGAGAGGCACUGGAGCAGCACUACCCGGAGUGGGUGCGCAGCGGAUGUAUAAAGUUCGUUGCAGGAGAUGGCCGCCAGGGCUAUUCUGACGACUCGCCGUACGACUGUAUCCACGUGGGCGCAGCGUCGCCAAAGACGCCGACGGAGCUGCUCAGGCAGCUGAAGAGCCCCGGGCGCAUGUUUGUGCCCGUGGGGACGACGGACCAGCGCAUCAAGGUGUUUGACAAGGACGUCCACGGAAAUGUCGCCGAGACCGACAUGAUGGGCGUCGUGUACGUGCCGCUGACCGACGAAACACUGCAGCGCAACAGCUAGCUUCUGUGUGUCUCAGCCAGCAUACAUUUCAUAUCAGCCCAUAGGCUAGCCCUGCCACUCAUAAAUUUUGCAAUUUCCCCGAUCUCGCCCAAAAUCACU